GCGUUUCACGUCGUAAUUCUUGAAUAUCUCCGCUUUGAUUAUUAUGUUAGAUGUUGGCGCAAGUCUGUGUGUGUAUCACGAGCGACAAAACGAGAGUCUACGUGCUUGCCAAGAAUAACGCCGGCCGGCCGUCUGUCAAUAAAUUAUUACUAGAAAUAUCAAAAGUAUUGCACGUUGGCCGAAACUCAAUCCUGUUGGCAAAUCCGUUUCGAUCAUCCGCAUUCGAUAUUCUGAAUUGCCCAUCCCUAUAUGUAUCUAAUUAGGUUUAAUCUGACAGUAAGUUUUUGGUGUCGAAAAUUGCGUAUUAAUUAGCUCGUAGAAAACGCUGAGCUCGUGUUAAACGUUGUCGCAAGUUCAUUGUUAGCAUGGAAUGAUCUUUUCGUUUUUGAGAUUAUAGUUUUAGACCACAGAUACCAAAACAGUCAGGUAGUGGAUUUUUGUUUAAUGGAAAUGAAUUUACAUGACCAGCAUCAUAGUAAUUUUCCAAAUGCAAAGCGCUUGCAAAAACUAAUCUAAGCUAACAAAACCCAAACAAGUAAUGUUACUUGUAGGAUAAAUGACUUAGAUAAAAAUGAUGACUAAGCAACCGGAGUUUAAAUCAAGGUCUUGUGUAAACAAUACAGAAGUGACAUUGAAGAAAUUCAGGCGUCACUCCCAUUCACCUGGCGUGAGAGAGCUAUUGAACGACGAUGCUGGAAGAUCGGAAAUAUCACGCAAAAAGCGUCGUCGUAAAUCAGACAAAGAUUGGAAAAGUUUAGCGAUAAGAAGCGAACGUAGCCCGAUGCUGGAUGCAGCAAAAUUUGACAGAAAAGCUAUUGACAGUUCUAGUGAAGUACAGAAAUGCAAACCUGGGCACGACGAGUGUGGUAAACGAGAUGAAAAAUUUCAACAUAUUCUUGGUGCUGUGUUCUCUGACCCCGAAUCCCAAAAUCAAGACCGGCACUCACAGGAAUCAGUUAAUAGUGAAGUCUCUGAAUUGAAGUUAUCUUCUAGAAAAUGUGGAGAAUCAUCAUCACGUUAUUCGUCUUUUCCAACACAACACAAAGACAAUAUGCUAUAUUGCCAAGAAAAUUUGGUCGAUAGCAGCAGCAGUAGUGAUUCAGAGGAAUCGAAUACGGCCAACGAAAAUUCAGCCGAUGAUACGAACGAAGAAAUAUUAAAUGCAUUUAAUUUUCUUGCUGAUGGACUCGAUCCGCAACAGAUCACGUCUAUCUGUACAUCCGUAACGACCAUGACAGAUCGGUCCAACUUUCUCAGGAAUAUGUUUCAACUGCAACAUAAGUCGGAGUCAGACGACGAUUCCGCUUCUGUUUCAAAUGAAAUGAUUCAUUCUCAUCAAACGACGACCCCAAGUUGUUCCAUUCGUGGUUCUGAUGACAUGUUUGUUAUGGGCGCGGCAGUAACAUGUUUUGACAGGGAACGAGGUUGUACAAGAAAUGACGUACAGCAAAGUCCCGACAUAACGGAAGUCGCUUCUCCAGCCUCCCGAUACCAGCAUUCGGAUGAACGCUUUAGGAAUUUUGAUUCGGCGAUUCAUCUGCGACGCUUCAGUAAGCAGUUUGCAGACAUAAUGAAUGAAAACGAUGAUCAGCACUGUGAUUACCAAUUGGGAUUGUUUCCUAAUACAGCAAAGGCCAGGAACGUUGACCGCGAUACUUCAGAAGAAUCUCAUUCCACACUAGAAAAAUUUGACUUUCGUCAAUAUAAUGGCGAAGGAAAUUCAAGAAACGUUACGGAUUUUAAUCCACACGAAAGGAAAUAUAGAAAUAGUCCAAACAUGUUUGAAAGGCAUAUUCUACCACAUGAUUCAAGAUCUCCAGCAUCUGAUGAUUUUGAGCGACUGACGAAUCGCGCACUUGCCACUGUGUUGGGCGAUGAUUCCAAAUCACCACCUAAUUUUUUCAGUCGUCCGUUUGAGUUGAUAUAAAUCCAAAUUUGUUCUUCCAAGUGCCACUGAACGAAAUUCAAUCUUUCAAGAACCAUUUGGAUAAAGAAUGCAAAUCUCGAAUACUUCUACAAUACUUCUCUCGAAUCCAUUCUAACCUUUUCGACACAAAACUUUACCAGAGAUUGUAAAAUACUUUACUUUUCCACAUAUUCCAUUACGGAAAUGCUCACACUGUAUCUUUGGUUUUGCACUUUGAGAAAAAUAAAUUUCUAAUAUG